AUGAUCCGUCGCCUGGGGCUGCCGGCGUUCCAACGGCGCGGCCUGUGCACGGUCGAGAUCAACUCGGUCGCGCGCAUCGUUCGGAUGCACGUCGCAGGCGAGAGCCAGGCCGCAAAGGCCGACAAGGCGGUCCUCGCAAUCAAGAGGGCGCUCGAGGAGGCUCAGGCGGCGAAGGAAAUCCAGGGCUUCACGAAGGUCGUGCGCACGGUGUGCAAGACCGAGUGGGCCUACGAGGGUGCGAUCGUCUUUGACUCGCUCGACAACUUCAAGGCGUACAUGGAGUCCGACUUUCGCGAGAAGACGAUGAAGCCGCUGCUCGCACACGUCGCCGUUCGCCGCGCCGUGGAGCCCGCACGCGACGGCAGCGCCGACCGAGAGGAGGAAGACAAAGACAAAGGCGACGUCGGUGGAUGCGCGCUUAGAGAGCUUGAGCGGCGAGACGCCGAUCAGGCGCGACUCUACCAGUACUGGGGCUACGCCUGGGUGUACGCGGCCACCAUCGCCAACGCCACCUUCGCCGUGCGCGACACCGGCAAGUCAGCGUACGAGCUCAAGACCGGGCAGCGCCCCAAGAUGAACAUGUUCUACCCGUGGGCGUGCAAGAUGAUCGUCAAGCGACCUUCUGCGUCAACGCUCUGGAACGGCAUCGAGUACCGUGCUCCUACCUCCGACCUCAUGCCCGACAAGCGCGUGUGCCUGCACCGCGUCCAUGCGCGCCACGUACAUGGCGAGCAUGAUGCACGUGUACGAGAGGACGAGCGGGACCGUCUUGGGCACGUCGAUGUCAUUCACCGCGCGGAACAUGUCGCCCGCGACCUUGCGGUAGAUCGGCUGGAGCGGGUCCUCCUCGAUGGCGUACUCUGCUCCGCCACCUGA